AUGUUGGUUUUGGCACCCUUUAUUUUGUUGGUGGGCGCGGUCGCUGCGCUGGAAAGUCCGCAUCGUAAGGCUGCUUCUUUCAAACGGGCGCCUAAGAGUCUGCACAAAAGAGCAGUUGCUUCUGCUCCGACUGUCCAUCAGUAUCUGAACAAGAAGACGGAAAAAUUCGCCGUGGAUGGUGCUCACUUCCCACAAGUCCCUUUCGACAUUGGCGAGAGCUAUGCCGGUCUUUUGUCGAACACGCCUUCUGGAAACUCGAGCUUGUUCUUCUGGUUUUUCCCAUCUACCAACCCAGCUGCAGAUAAGGAGAUCACUGUCUGGCUGAAUGGAGGUCCUGGGUGCAGCUCGCUUGACGGUCUGCUGCAAGAGAACGGUCCAUUCCUGUGGCAAUCUGGAGUCUACGAGCCCAUCCGAAACCCCUACUCAUGGACCAACCUGACGAAUAUCGUCUACAUCGACCAGCCUGCCAGCACUGGUUUCUCCCCCGGACCAUCCACCGUCCAGAAUGAAAUCGACAUCUCAAACCAAUUCAAUGACUUCUGGGUAAACUUCAUUGAAACCUUCAGCAUGCAGGGCUACAAGGUUUAUCUCACCGGAGAAAGCUAUGCCGGCCAAUACAUUCCAUAUCUAGCCGACGGAAUGUUAAACCGCAACGACACGAAACACUUCAAUCUGAAAGGCAUCCAGAUCAACGACCCCUCCAUUAACGACGAUAGCGUCCUGAUCUACGCCCCAGCCGUAGCAGCCCUAAACCAUUACUCCUCGGUCUUCGCCCUAAACUCAACCUUCAUGACCGAAAUCAACCACCGCGCCGACAAGUGCGGCUACACAGAUUUCCUCGACAAAGCCCUAACAUACCCCCCACCAAAACACUUCCCAACAGCCCCAGACCCCAACACCCCAGGCUGCGCCGUCUGGGACGACAUCGUAAAAGCAGCAACCUACGUCAACCCCUGCUUCAACAUGUACCACCUAACAGACUUCUGUCCCUUCCUAUGGGACGAAAUGGGUUUCCCCUCUCUAGCCGGUGGCCCAAACAACUACUUCAAUUCCUCUGCCGUCCAAGCAGCCCUAAACAUCCCACCAACAAACUACGCCGUCUGCGGCGGAAGAAUCUUCCCCCACGGCGACCAAUCCGUGCCUAGCGCAUUAGGCCCCUUACCUUCCGUCAUCGAAAGGACGAAUAACGUCCUGAUCGGUCAUGGGUGGUACGAUUACCUCCUCUUCGCGAACGGAACCCUCGCUACAAUUCAGAAUAUGACUUGGAAUGGAGCGCAGGGUUUCCAGAAAGCGCCGGAUGGAGAUUUGUUCGUGCCGUAUACGGAUGCGCUUGAGGCUAUUUCGAAUGGGGAGGCGGGUUCGCCGUGGAAUUAUGAUGCGGGUGGUGGUGUGCUUGGAACAGCGCAUACGGAGCGUGGACUUACGUUCAGCUCGGUUUAUACCGCUGGUCAUGAGAUUCCGCAGUAUACCCCCGGUGCGGCUUAUAGGCAGUUAGAGUUUUUGCUUGGGAGGAUUGAGAAUCUUCAGCAGAAGGGGUCUUUUACGACUUUGUAA